GCACAGUGUUUCAGACGCGCCACAAGCCCACUGCCGCUGCUGGAGCCUGGAUCAUAGCCACUUUGGAAAAAGCUCUGCAGCUCACACACAGACAGAAUGAAGGCUGUGAUUAUAUCAUUUUGCCUCUUUGGCAUCGUCUUUGCAAACCCUAUUGCUUAUCAAGAUAGCUCAGAGUCGAAUGAGCCUGAUUCUAAGUCGACGGAGAGUUUGUCUGUGUCGCAAUCGUCUGAGAACAGCACAUCAGCGAUCCAGAGUUCAGAGUCUGAUUCAGCAGAAUCCACUUCAAAGGACAAGACUUCAGAAGAGAGCGACAGCCAAUCGGCAGAAGAUGUCGUGGUGGAGCCAAUCAUGGAGACCAAGGACGACACCAUGGACAGUGAGGAGAAUGUCCGAAAGAACUGGGUUCAAGUUUUUGCAAACGUCGUCAAACCGCAGAGCGCAGAAGACAACAGCAGCACAGAGGUGAAAGGAGAGUCGGAGGAGACCCAUCUCAAUUCAGCUUCCACUCUCAGGACUUUCAAGGCCUUGACAGCAGAUGACAUCAAUAAAUCUGGAAUGGACGGCAAUCGAGACGCCAACAGCGCCGCUGGUGUGACCCAGUCCAGCCAGAGCAGCGAGAGUGAAGAGGCUAGUGACAACAGCAGCGAGAGCGGUGAGACCACGGACGCUCCGAAGGCCACCAGCGACAGCAGCAGCAGCAGCGAGAGCAUUGAAACUACAGAUGCUCCCAAGACCACCACUGACAGCAGCAGCAGUGAGAGCAGUGAGACCACGGACGCUCUGAAGGCCACCAGCGAAAGCAGCAGCGAGAGCAGUGAGGCCACAGACGCUCCCAAGACCACCACUGACAGCAGCAGCAGUGAGAGCAUUGAGACCACAGAUGCUCCCAAGACUACCACCGACAGCAGCAGUGAAAGCACCGAGAUCACAAUAGACAGCAGCAACCUAAAGGCAAAGACCACUAUGAAGGGCCACAGUGAAACUGUAGAUGCCCUCAAGACCACCACCGAUGACAGCAGCAGCAGCGAGAGCAUUGAAAGCACAGAUGCUCCCAAGACCACCACCAGUGACAGCAGCAGCAGUGAGAGCAUUGAAAGCACAGAUGCUCCAAAGACCACCAGUGACAGCAGCAGCAGUGAGAGCAUUGAAACUACAGAUGCUCCAAAGUCCACAGACGACGACAGCAGCAGCAGCGAGAGCAUUGAAAGCACAGACGCUCCCAAGACCACUAGUGACAGUAGCAGCAGUGAGAGCAUUGAAACUACAAAUGCUCCAAAGACCACAGACGACAGCAGCAGCAGUGAGAGCAGCGAGAGCACAGAGACCACCAGUGACAAAGACUGUGUUAACGGAAACCACAGUUGCGAAAGUGAGGAGUAUUUCUUCCAAAAUAUCGGAGACGACGCCCACUACUCUGUCGAUAAUCUGAUGGCUCCAGAUGAGGACGAGAGAGAACUGCGCCUACGAUGAUGACGACUUCACGUUAAAAGACUUUUAUUUUCCUCACAAGCUAUCGCAUAUGAAUGUUGAUGUGCACAUCAUUUGACACGACCAGAAUACUGAUGUGGCUCUUUUAUACGAAUAAAUAAAUAUAUAUUGCAUGGUCAGUGACUCCUUCAUCACCUCACAUUACCUGUGGAAAAUGCAAGCAAAUUAUGUGGUAGCGUUUGUCUAAGCGAGUGACUGUGAGAGGGAAAGGAAAAAAGAAGAACUCAGGAACAUUUCUUGAAAAAUGUAUAAUCAAACAGCAUGAACAUAUACA